GUGCCUUUUUUUGGCUUAUUUCCCCUUUUCUUUCUUCCUUUACCACAUGAGUUCUUUUGUAUCUUACGUAUUAAAUAGUGCUGAAAAGAUACCUGUUGUUGGAAGUCCAAUAGGACAAGCCUCCAACUGGUAUUUUAAAAGUAACAAUGAAAAAGUUUGUACUCCCGAUCAACCUCCACCUUCUUAUGAAAAAGCCAUCUCCAGCUCUCCAUCAACCCUAUCACAAAUAUCAGAUUAUGUAUGGAAAAAAGCUAGCUUCAGUAGUAGCAGUAGCAGCCAUCAUGAAGUAAUAGAUACAGUAAAAGAAGAUGAUGAAAAUGAAUGUAUGCUGGACAAAAGUCAACUAGAAGAAGGCAUCUCACUCAUCAAAAUGGCUACGGAAGUAAAUAAUCACGACAUGAAAAAUCAAGAAAUUUCAAUAAAUCUAUACAUGAUGGGACUUGAUAAGAUACUUGCUUCAUUACCAACGGAUUCUGAUCCUUUAAUUAAAAGUACAUUGGAAAGGAAACUAGCAGAGUUCAAGCAAAGAAAUCAUCUUGUCAUACCCGACCUGGAAGAAACGCCCAAGAAAAAGAAACUAACACCUGAGCAAAGAGAAGAAGCAUUAGGUGGUCUUUCCGAAUUAAUUAUUCAAGCUGCUGUAAAAAGUGCUAUUGCCCUCAAAAAGAGUCCACUUCCAAGUUUAAUCUCAAGAGUUGUGCAAGUAGCAAAGAUUGGAUUAUUGAAAGUAGAUGAAACUUGUUCUCUUAGAGAAAGAGCUAUCAGCAUCACUCAAAAUGGGAUUGCAAAGGCUAUUGAGCUAGACGAACACUAUGAAGUGCAUCAGUUUUUUGCAGAAUUGUUUUAUACUGGCUGCACUGCCUUAUUAAAAGCAAGUACUGCAUACAACCAAACAGAUACAGAUGAGUCACAGGAUGCACCCUUGAAUGCAUGUAUACAGUAAUAAAAAUCAUUUUCCUUAUUCAUUAAUGUGUGUGUGAUUUUCCCUUUAAUAUUUCCUUUUUCAAACAGCACCAACAACAUCUUCCUCUUCUUUUAUCAAAUUAUUUAAAAAGAGCUCUAGAAUCACUAUGAGCAACCUUAGAUUACGAAAUACUUUUGGAUAUUGCUUUAAAUUGUGCUUCCGUUCAUAGUUUAAAAAGAUCAAGUUUGACAGAAGAAUUCAUUUGUAUAAAUAAAAAUUUAUUCAGUUAUUUGAGGACAGUUAUGUCUCGUUUUUAUCUUGCAUAGAGUCAGUCGAUUAAGGAGGAGAUAACGCGUUUGAUGAGAUAAUCUAACACCGGAUCAUACAUUCUACUUUUCUCUAUCGCAUCUGAUAAUACCAACAGUAGUAGCUACUACUAUAACAAUAAUAAAUAAUCACACUGAUAACAUUAAUGUUCUCUAGAAAACGCACACCCAUCUUAUUUUAAUAAUACUCCUUUC